AUGGAAAUCAAAUUCCGUACCUUAGUAGAUAGGGCCAGCAACGUUUCGGGCGAGCGGUCGCCUUUCGACGGCUCCUGCUGCGGCUCUGGCUACCAUACCGUCGACUCCACGCCGCUGGGCUCGCCCGAGGAGUUCGAGGUGCCCAAGUACAGGGUGGUCAUGCUGGGAGACGCAGGCGUGGGCAAGACUGCCCUCGUGUCGCAGUUCAUGACCAGCGAGUACAUGAACACUUACGACGCCAGUCUAGAUGAUGAAUUUGGAGAAAGGACCGUUUCCAUCCUGCUAGAUGGAGAGGAAUCAGAAAUGAUCUUCAUUGACCAUCCAUCCUCAGAAAUGUCGGUGGAGAAUUCGUUGAGCACAUACGAACCGCACGCCUGUGUAAUGGUUUACUCUGUGGUAUCGAGAUCCAGUUUCCAGAAUGCAGAGGAAACUCUCAACUACCUGUGGAGGGAGGGUUACACUCACGACAAGAGUGUCAUCGUCGUAGAAGGAAAAGCCUUGGCCGUAGCAAGAGACUGCAAAUUCAUAGAAACUUCUAGCGGUAUCCAGCACAAUGUUGACGAACUCCUAGUCGGCAUCUUGAAACAAAUAAGACUGCGAGAAUCGAGAGAAAAAAAGAAGUGUAACCUGAAGAAGGACACCAACAAACUGCAUGGUUCAAAGACUAGCCUGAGCCUGAAUAUAGCGAGGGAAAUUCUCCAGAAGAUUUGCAUGAACGACAUCAGCAAAUCAAAGUCCUGCGAAAACCUUCACGUUUUGUAA